AUGGUCACCUCCGAAGACUGGACCUCAAGAAAAUGGGCAAAGGAGCCACAAGAUAAAAGAAUGGCACAAACUUUGUUGAUGUCUUCAUUUUGGAAUACUGUUGUGUUUGCCCUUAAGGUCUCAGGUCCUCUUGUCAAAGUGCUUAGAUUGGUUGAUACCGAGAAGAAACUUCCCAUGGGAUACAUUUAUGAGGCAAUGGAUAGGGCAAAAGAAUACAUUGCAAGUUCAUUUGAUCAUAAAGAAGAGAAGUUGGUCCCGGAUGUCACUGUUCAAGAUUUGAUCACUAAUGAAAUGAGUAUUUAUAUGAAGGGUGAGAGUCUUUUGGCAAGGCUGUUGCGAUUAGGCAAAGAAAUACAAGAGUACCAGUGGAUUAUCGCAGCUGAUUGGUGGGUAUCAUAUGGUUCUUAUACUCCAAACUUGCAAACUUUUGCCAUAAAAGUCCUUAGCUUAACAUGUAGUUCAUCGGGUUGUGAACGAAACUGGAGUGUAUUCGAACAUCUUCAUAGCAAGAAAAGAAAUAGAUUGGAACAACAACGUCUCAAUGAUUUAAUGUAUGUCAAAUACAAUAGAACAUUGAGAUUUAGGUAUGAUAUGCGCAACACUCUUGAUCCCAUAUCUUUACAAAAUAUUGAUGAAAGCAAUGAGUGGUUGCUUGGGAGGAUGGAUGGAGAAUCAGAUGAAGAUAAUGAGCCUGUGUUUGAUGAUGAUGAUGGCUUGACGUGGGCCACUGUUGCUAGAGCUUCUGGAGUAGAAGAAAGUAGCCAUGCAAGUAGAGCAACAAGUUCACGCUCAAAGGCACAACCGAGGAUAUCUAAAUCAUCAACAUUGACUCCACUUCAAUUAAUAGAUGAAGAGGAAGCGGGCUCAGAUGACACAGAGGAGGAAGAUGUUGAGGGAUACAAAUCAACUGAUGGAGAAGAAGAUGAUAGUUUGCUUGCCAUUGAUGUUGAGGAUGAUGAUUGACUGACACCGACCUAACCUACCCUUUCUUUUGAUAUUGAUGUUUUUAAGUGUUAAGACAUAUAUUAAUAUUUGUUGGAUAUUUAUGUUUUCGAU